GGCAAACGCAUUCUGGGAGUUGUAGUCUGUUCUUGAGAAUAACGUGGAUAUGUGUACAAGUUAGCUUGGCAGAUAGCGAUACCGUGUUAAUACUAUAAGCAUUUACGUCGUGCAGAUGUAAUGGCGUUUAAUUUCAACUUUGACAUUAAGGUGAAAACAGACGAAUGCUGUCAAGGCCAUGCGAAAGCGGAAAAAUAUCAGGAACCUUGUCUCAAAACUGUGGAUGAUGUCACCCCCGCUAAGCCCCUGAAGGCAGCGCGAGAACACAACCUCCCUACAGAGCUGGACUCCCUCCUGCGGGACGUCGUCAUGGAGACCGUACGUGUCGGGGUCCUGCCCCCUGUGCUCUGCGUGAACGAGUCGGUGCUGGAGCACACGGCGGAGGAGAGGGAGGAAGAGGAGGGGGGGGAGGAACAGAUCCUGAGGAAGAUGGCCGCCCAGCGCUCUGACCUCAUCCCGGGGGUGUACGAGGGAGGGCUGCGGGUGUGGGAGUGCACCUACGACCUCCUCGAACACCUGGAGCCAGGCGGCGUGACCUUUUCAGGUAGGCGAGUCUUAGACCUGGGAUGCGGGGCGGGGCUGCUGGGCGUCAUGGCGAUGCGCUUGGGGGCGGAGCAGGUGCACUUCCAGGACUACAACAGCACCGUCAUCCAACAGCUCACAAUCCCCAACGCAGUUCUCAACCAGCAGUCUGACGACAGCGAGGAGGAGGAGGAGGAAGAGGAGGAGGAGAAGAAGAAGAAGAUCUGCAAGGAGGCUGAGAAGGAAGAGCGAAAAGAGAAAGAAGAGCGAAAAGAGAAAGAUGAGAAGGAGAAUCAGCAGAAGGAGAAGGAGAAGGAGCGGGAGGAGAGAAACACCCAGCAGAGGGUUGAUCAGAAGAGGAGAAAGCGGGAGGGGGAGGAGGAGGAGGAUGAAAGUGGCGACAGGUGUGACGCCCCCCCUCCCAAACGCAGAGCCCCCCCCGCCGUAGGUCCUUGUCGCUGUCGCUUCUUCUCAGGGGACUGGUCUUCCUUCCUGUCUCUCCUCCGCCAAGACAGUCCGGCGCACAAAUAUGACAUCAUCCUUACCUCAGAGACCAUAUACAAUACCGCCUACUACGAGGCGCUGCACGAGGUAUUCCGCUGGCUGCUUGCGGAAGACGGACAGGUGCUCUUGGCCACUAAGGCGCACUACUUUGGGGUGGGCGGCGGGCUUCUCCUGUUCGAGCGGUUUGUGGAAGAGAAGGGCGUGUUUGAGAUGCGACCACUCCUGGACGUGGAUGAGGGGCUACAGAGACACGUGGUGUCACUCAGGUUUAGGAGAAAGAACACACACGCGUCACACUCUACAGCCACUGACGAGGCGGCUCGAAAGAUGACAUAAGUGUGUGUGUGUGUACGUGUGCAUGAGCGAGUGAGACAGAAAGUGAUACACAGACAGACAAAUAGUGAAACAUAGCUGAUGUUUUUGUGCCCUCUUGUGGUCUUUUACAGUAAAUUCAUCUAAAUGGAA